AUAAAAAUAGUAUUACAAAUAUAUUAUAUAAUCACUAUACUCUUCAAAAACAACAUACAUUAUAUGCUCAUUGGAACAAAUGGAAACUAAAAUAUAAAAUUUUACUUGGAUGUUACAAAUAAAGUUUUUGCCCACUUUGUAUUUAUAUAGUCACUAAUCUGACAACACAAAGGUGUUUUAUACAUUAUUUGUGGUGCAUUCCUGUAACCGGGAAAUAUUACAUACAGUACAGUAGAGCCAGUUUAUUCAUCUGAGCUUUUAAUGAAAUAGAAAUUCAACAAUUCACAUUUUAUUUGUCUAAUCAUGAUAUUUUAUUAUGUAGACUAAAUAAAUUAAGGCUAAAAUACAUUAAGCCACACUCUUGCUCUAUUCUCAAGGUAUUACAGUACCCUUGUUUGCCAGUAGGUGACCCCUUAGCACAAACAUGAAACUCCGCCUAUGCUAUCAGAUUUUCUAUUUUCCAGUUUUCAACUCCUCCCCACAACCUACUGAUAAAUAGCCAGACCUCGGCAAACUUUAUUGUGUGAACAUCAUCCCGGAUCUGUCUUUAGGGAUUUAACAACAUUUGUUUAAUUUGACUGCCAAAUAUAUGGUAAUGUGUGAAAGUUAGGUAACAGUUGAUACAGUAAAAAGCUUAUAGAGACUUCAGCAGUUAUAUCUUUGUUAAACUGAGGACAAGACUACAAUAAUCUGCAUCAAACCCAUUUGGAAAAUUCCCUUUAAUUCAUCUCACUAACAGGAGAAAUCUUAAAAUAUUUGGACUCGCAAGAGAACAUCAAAAACUUUUGGGACAUAAAUAACAAACAGCAGCUUGCUUUGACUUCUAAGGUCACCUAAUGGAGAAUGGAACCAUGCCUUCAUAUUUUUACUUUACUUUGUUCAAAGAAUUUGUUCACCUUAGAUAUUUGAUCCUAAUAGUGGCUCUUUUGUUUUAUUUAGCCAUUAUAUUGUUUAAUGUUGUCAUUUUAUGUGUGGUGUUUAAAGAAAGAUCUCUUCAUGAGCCAAUGUACAUAUUAAUAUCAUGUUUGUCUGUCAAUGACCUCUACGGCUCUUCUGGUUUCUUUCCAAGGAUAAUAGCUGAUGUUCUUUCUGAUACAAAUGCUAUUUCCAGGUUGGCGUGCUUUGUUCAAAUUUUUAUCAUUUAUACUUAUGCAAUAUCUGAAUACACAGUUUUAACACUGAUGGCAUAUGACAGGUAUGUUGCCAUAUGUCACCCUUUAAAAUAUCACAGAAUUAUGACUUCAAAAUUUACAACACUUUACAUGGCAAUAGCAUCACUUUAUGCAGUGUUUUCUAUGGGCUCAAUUAUUUUCUUGUCAGCCAGGUUGCCUUUGUGUGGAAGAGACAUAGCAAGACUGUACUGCUCCAACUGGUCUGUGGUUCGACUCUCUUGCGGGGUUUCAACUUUGAGCAACAACAUUAUUGGAUUUUUUAUGUCAACAACAACCCUUUUUCUGCCUGCCUUUUUCAUUUUAUACACAUAUGUUCGAAUUCUUAUCAUCUGUCAAAAAAGUUCAUUAGAAUUCAGGGGCAAAGCAUUGCAGACUUGUCUUCCUCACAUUAUAAGCUUUGUUAACUACUCUGUUGCAGCCUUUAGUGAUAUUGCGUUAAGUCGAUUUGAUUCAGACAAGUACAAGGUUGCUGCCAUAAUCUUUUCAGUGGAAUUUCUGGUAGUUCCACCUCUUGUCAAUCCUCUUAUUUAUGGCUUAAACCUGCCAGAAAUACGUAAAAAUAUUUGGCGUUUGAUUCAGUGGAAACCAAAAAUUGCCAAUUUUCCUGAUUAAGGAAGUAAAGUAGAAUGUAAUCCAUUUAAACUAUCAACAAAAUAAAAAAUAUAUAUAUACAUGGUUGUACCAUGCAGUAUUACAUUGUCAUCUAAAUGUCUUAAAAUGUCAUGAGAAAAAUAAAAUUUUCAUUUGCACAAAAUCACCUGAUCUUCAGGUUAACUUGCUGUACGAGGAAAGUCCCUGUCAAAAUGACUGUACUGUUUAAUCCAUAUUGACUGAUAGCAGUUAAAAGAUAUAGAUUAUAAUUAUUAGAUUUACAUUUAUUUUCCUGUCUGAUAAUAAAGUUUAGUUGACAUACUUACAUGGGAGAGAAAUAUUUAUUGCUAAAUUCUACUUCAGGACAAACUUUUCUUUAUUAAAUUUGUCAUUUUCUGCAUAUUCUAGUACCUUUGGCACAUAAAUGUUACUUUUUAAAAUUAUUACUUAGCAGUGCACAUUUUCAUAGAUUAAGCUUUUAAUUUAAUUGACAUGUUUUAUUAUGCAGAAAUAUAUAUUUUUAAUAACUAGUAAUGGCUAAAUUAAGUGAGUGAUGUAAAUAAAUUGGCAUGUAUAAUUAAGCCUCUACAGUAGUCUGUGUCACAGUUGCACAGCUGCAAAGAAUUGAGAAUAAAAGUUUGGGUUGUGUAUCACCAAAUGUUUGUAAUAAUAAUAAUAAUAAUAAUAAUAAUAAUAAAUGUAUACUUCAAUGCCUUUUGUUGUGAAGACUCUAAUGAUUUGAGGAUAAUAAAUAAUAAAUUAUAAAUAUUUUGUAUUUUUACAAGUAUAUUGAAAUAAACCUGUGUGUUUGUUAUCUGAGAGCUUUAACUUGUCAGAAUGCAAAUUGCAAAUUAAGUUUUGUUUGUCUUUAUAAGUGAGCAGUAAGCAACUUUCCUUUAGCUGAUUUAUGUUUUUUUUUUUUGACAAAUAUGUAACUUACAAUAAUCUUUUCUUUUUUUCUCCUUUAUGGCUGCAUUCAUGGCAAGAACCACCAUUUAGUAAUGUUACAGUCACACUCUCUCUAUCUCACACACUAGGCCAAUUUAUUCUAGUGUUUCCAGUACAAGUGUCUUUGAACUGUGAUGGCAACCAUAUAACCUCUAUGCUGACACAGGGAGAACAUGAAAUCUACACAGAGCCCCAUGCAGCUGGGGCACAAACCAAAGGAGGACACGUUUAUGCUACUUACAGAGAACUGCAUAGGUAAA